AUGAACCUUCUUUAUAAAAUCUUAGCCAGCCACCUUUUGAUGAUCUUCUUUGUUCCCAAAGCUAGUGUGGAGACAAAUAUUUGGGGUGCCCUAGGUGAGGAGGUCUAUUAUGAAACUCACUUUAAGAUCACUGAUGAUACAGAAGACAUACAAAUCCGCAAAAAUUAUUCCAAGAUCUUACAGCUCAAAAACGGCAACUGGACUUCAUCGGAGAAGGGGAAGUAUACGUUUUCCAAUAGUGGAACUCUGAAGAUUGAAUAUCUGACAAACAAGGAUAGUGGGAAUUACUCAGUGAACAUAUAUAACAAGACUGGAAAACAUUUAUUUGGAAGGGAAUUCGUGUUGCAGAUUCAAGAGAGAGUGUCAGAACCUAUCAUCUCGUGGGAUUGUGAAAACAAAACCCUGACAUGCUGUGUAGCAAAUGGAACUGACAUUAAGCUAGAACUGUCUCUAAAUGGGAACAAGACCCACAAUGAUAUGAAGACGAUCAGAUCCCAGUUCUACAUGGAAAAGACUGAAUUCCAGUGCACAGCCAGUAACAACAUCAAUAAGGAAACCAAAAAGGGGAAUUUUGACUGUUCAGAGAAGAAACUGGACCUGAAUCUCCUCCUUGGUAUCUGCGGGGCUGGCGCCUUGACCUUGCUCUUUGUGGCGCUGCUCAUCUUCUACAUCAGCAGGAGGAAACAGCCAGCCCAUGGGAGGAAUGAUCAAGUGGAGAUCAGGGUUCUCAGGGUUCCCACCAAGGACAGAGGCCAGAAGCCCAGCCGUGCCCCUGGUUCUGCUCCCAAUACGGCAGCUCAGCUUCCUCCACCCUCGAGGCAUAGCCCGCAGGCCCCGAGCCAACGUCUCCAGGCUCCACACCCGCAACAGAAGGUGCCUCUCCCCCCAGUACCCCCGCACAAAGGCCCUCCCCUCCCUAGGCCUCGAGCUCAGCUGAAGCCGCUGCGGGGAACCUAA